AUGACUGUCAACACGCUCUCCAAUGAGCAACGGGUCGAGAAUCUGCUGCAGUGGCUACUCAAUGAACACACAAAAUCAGUCAUAUCUGACAAGAUCAAUGUCCAAGAAUCCAAAGAAAGUGGUAGAGGUCUUUACGCUAAGGAAGAUAUCAAUGCUCACACUCCGAUAAUCAAGAUUGAUCAUUCUUAUUUGCUCAAUUUCACCACUAUAGUCGCACAUAUCUCAUCAUGGAACCCAAGCUCUUCAUUACCAGAUACGUAUAAGCAUAUCAAACUACCUCCAAAGGGGAAGGAAGACGAAGUUACAGAUUUAUACAAGAAACUCACGCUCAAUGAUCUUACAAGGCUGUCCUCAUUUCAGAUCAUGGCCAUGUUUUUGGUCCUGGAGAAAUCCAGAGGUUCUGACUCAUGGUGGGAACCUUUCAUAAACAUGUUACCACUAAUGGAUGAUUUCCUCAGAUCCCCAUUUAUAUGGAAAGUUCAAGGCAAAGACGAUCUUUUCAAACAAUUACCACGGUCCACCAGAAACCAUGCAACCAGGAUGGCUACCAAAUUCAGCAAUGACUAUGAAACGGUACUCAAGCUUUUGAAAGACCAGAAUGCGCCAGAAUCCAUGCUACCCUAUGAUGAUUUCUUAUUAUACUGGAUGUGUAUCAAUUCACGUUGCUUAUAUAUGGAGAUGCCACAGAAGAAAACCACAGAUGAUAAUUUCACAAUGGCUCCAUAUGUUGAUUUCAUCAAUCAUUCUUCAACUGACCAAUGUGUUUUGAAAAUCGAUAGGUCUGGUUUCAAUGUGAUAACAAGUAAUUUAUACAAACAGGGUGAAGAAUUGUUUCUAUCAUACGGUCCUCAUUCUAAUGAAUUUUUGUUAUGUGAAUAUGGGUUUUAUCUACCUCGCAAUGAAUGGAAUGAUCUUGACAUUAGUGAUGAGAUUAUUGACACUUUAAACCCUGACCAAAUUGAUUAUUUGAAAGAACAUCACUAUUUUGGAGACUACACAUUAAACCACGAAAAUGUCAGUUUUAGAACAGAUGUUGCGCUAGCAGUCUAUCAAGAGAAGCAAAACUUACACUCAAAUAAAAGAUUGAAUGCCCUAUUGAAUGGUGUCUCUGAUGGCUCCUAUUACAAAAGAAGAUCAAACCAAUUGUUGAUACGGAUACUACAAAAACUGAAAUCAAAGUAUGAAAAUUUUCUACCUUUAGAGUUUAAUGAUGAUGAUGAUAUGAAAGUCGUUGGUGUUUUACAUAGAGAAAGAGUGGAUCUCAUAGAUCUGUAUCUUGAGAAGCUUACACAAUAA